AUGAUAGAAACCGACGAACAAAUUGACUGCAUCAAGACACUAAUCGAUAUCGAGGAAAUAUUCGAAACAUGUAAGCAUGAAACCAAGAAGGUACUCGUGUUCGGACGAGCUGGCAUUGGAAAAUCAACAUUUUGUCGAUAUAUUGCCGACCGAUGGGCAAUAGCUGAUCUAUGGCCUGAAUAUGAACUUGUUAUUCUGAUUCAGUUACGUAAAUUGACAGCCACUCGCUAUCCGCCGGGUCACGACUAUUCGUUAGUUGAUCUUGUGAAAAACGAAUAUCUUCAUAGCCAACCACUUUCCGAGGAAGAAGAAUCUAUGCUGUGCACAUCUGAUAACAUAAGCAAAGUUCUAUGGUUACGAUGA